AGUUUGAUUGCAUCUGUUAGUGUUAUCAAGGGAAGUUUGAUUGGAGUUAGUAAUCUUUCAAUACCAUAUCCUAUGAAAUGGUUUCUCUUCAUCAUCUCUCACUCUGCAAUAAGCGAACACCGUCACUUCCACAACUUCAUUUAAUCACUACUAACAAACCUAUACCACUCAUUUCUCUAUGGCUUACACAUGGGGAUGUUCCUCUUUUCAAGAAAACAAACACAAAUCAGUCUUCUUCUUCUUCUUCUUCUUCUUCUUCUUCUUGUGUUGUUCGUGCGCUAGAGAAAGAUUCACAGCAGUAUGAGAUAGACCAAGAAAAGGCAAGGGAAGCCCUUCAAAAACUUGACCAGCAGCUACAAGACCUCUCCAAGAAACAAGUCACUCCUCCAAAAGUAAAAGUCUCAGAUGUGAAAAUAACAAGAGAUCAAACAAUAGAAGAAGUGCCAGAGAUGUCAGGGUCUUUCCUAGCAUUUUUUGCUGCGGGACUCUUUCUUUUCACUAUCCUCUACAAUCUCCUAUAUAUCACAGUAAUAGAUCCAUCCGGGGAUGCACCAGAGCCGACUCCAGUUACUCCCACUACUGAUCUUGAAAAUGAAUCUCCUCAAGUUGCAGCAGUUCUGCAGCCGUUGCCUUUGGCGCCUGAUGUUUCCAAGUAACAAACUCUGAUAAUGAUGGUAAUUACUUGGAUUACAUUAGUCGGAGCAAAUGCUGAGAAGCAAGUUUUGGUGUUCUGAUCAUUUAAAUAAUUGAUAAAUUUACAUAUUUUGCUUCCCGCAAUGCAAAUCUCUCGUUAGUAAAA